AUCUUUUGUUAGGAUUUCUUAGUGGUCAUUCCGACUACUACACACAUGUUACAGGAAACUACCAGGAGAAGCUUAUGAUCGGAUUCGACCUUAUGGAAAAUGACCGACCAGCAAACAUAUCGAAAUACAAUGGUACUUACUCAACACAUUUAUUUGGCUCGAAAGUAAAAGAUAUCAUAAAUGGACAUGGCCUUGAAAAGCCGAUGUUCAUCUACAUAUCAUUCCAAGCUGUCCAUGCACCAUUGCAAGUUCCAGAAAAAUACGUAAGACAGUACAACCAUAUAAAGGAAACAAACAGGAGGCAGUAUGCAGGAAUGGUGUCAUGUAUGGAUGAGUCCAUAGGCGAGAUAGUGGAUACAAUGAAGAAACGUGGGAUGUGGGAUAACACAUUGCUUAUCUUUACCACCGGUAUUAUAUAGAUAUUUAUACAUUUUAGAAAGAAAAUGUUUAGUAAAUCCGUGUAAUUUCCCCUGUGGGUUUUGUUUUACUGAACGUGCAUAUGCGGUGACCCACUGUGUUCGUUUAUUUCUUUGUUUUGUCAUCAUGUGUUUGCUUUGCGUGUGUGUACGUCUGAACGUAAAGCCUUAAUAGCUGUUAUUCUUGCUAAAUAUUUUAGUUUUCUUCUCUUCCAAUAAGAAAUGGUGUUCUCUAUACUUGUUGUCUUUUUCUGAAAAUCCAGUUCAAUUAUUUUAUUUAUAUCAAUAUCAAAUUUGAUACCAAACAGCAUAAAUUGUGUAUCUCCCCAAGAAAGUUUCAGUUUCAUUUCAUUUUGAUCGACCGUGUACUAUACUUUAAGGAACCAAUCCAAACAAUUUUUGUUUUGUCAAAAUUAACUUUUAGGCCGGAUAUUAAAGCGAGCUGAUUUAGCAGAUCCAUAUAAAAACAGUUUUCAGGGGCUUUUCUGAGCCAUCUAAAAGUAGGGAGGUGUCGUCAGGAAAUUGUAAAAUGACGUAUUUCUCUCCGUUUAUUUUGAUACCUGAGAUAUAUAUAUACAUUGCUUUAUUUUAAUACUUAAAAUUUCAGCACAAACGAUAAAAAUUUACGGCGAUAUUGGGUCUCCUUGUCUACAGUCUCGUUUAACUGAGAAAAAAAAGCUUGACAAAAAACCAUUAAGUGAUACACAAACCUUAGUAUUAAAUAAAAAAAAAACAGCUUGACCAAUCUUAUAAACACUUCACAAAAUUAAAAGAAUGACAAUGUUUUCCCAACGGAACUAAAGGAUAAAGAGUCAAAAGCUUUUUCAAAAUCAAUAGGCAUCAUUAAUCCAGGAAUAUUUUUGUCUCCACAAUACUUCAUAAUAUCAUAAACUAAGCGAGUAUUUCACCAAUAUAUCUAUUCUUAAUAAAUUCAGUUUGAUCAUUAGACACUAGAACACUUUUUUAAAUUCAUUUGAUAUGUUACCUGAAGGUGCCCGCCCGCUUAGCUCAGUAGGGAGAGCGUCGUUGGUCUACGGAUUGUGGGGUCGCGAGUUCAAUUCCCGGGCGGGGCGUAUGUUCUCCGUAACGAUUUGAUAAAAGACAUCGUGUCUGAUAUCAUUCGUCCUCCACCUCUGACAAUUCAUAUGGGGAAGUUGGCAGUUACUUGCGAAGAACAGGUUUGUACUGGUACAGAAUCCAGGAACACUGGUUAAGUUAACUGCCCGCCGUUACAUGACUGAAAUACUGUUGAAAACGGCGUUAAACCCUAAACAAACAAACAAAAGCUACCUGAAGGUAAUUUUAUACUACUUUAAACAAUGUUAUUAGCCUCUAAUUCUUGAGAUAAUGCAUUAGCUUAUUAUCUUUUUGUAAUUGUUACAAGUUUCAUAUUUUUAGGAAAGGGGUUCAUAACAAAGGCCUAAUGUAAUGUUCUCACAAUAAAGUUUUCAAUUCUGUUCCAAAAUAUUUC